AUGGCACUGGCAGCGUGUCAUCAAUCUCACAACUUGACUGGUACUCCACUGCUCCUGCAGCAGAAGGCUCAGAAGGCUCUGGAGACCAAGAAUCAUGAGAUCGGGGAGGGCGUGGCCAAUCAUUUAAUGGUCACCCGAGCAAAUCAGCAUCAGAAUCAAGGCCAGAAUCAAGGAGCGUUGGAGCAGGUACUAGUCUGGAAACAGAAAAGCAUCAAACAUCUCUCUGCCGCCAUUGCAAACUCCGACACCCAGCAUAAAUCCGCUGCAAUUGCGACUAUAUUCCUUCUCGCGAUACUGGAGAUGUGGGAGACGGGAUGGGGCAUAUGGUACUCUCACGUCGAGGGCGCAAAGAACUUCAUCGAGGAUUUGCACAAGACAAGCAGCAAUGAACCAGCGAUUGACCUGAAGGGUAUGAUAGCUUCCAUAUCAGUGUACGAGACGUUCGGUGCCACCGUGCUGCGCCCUGGACAGCUGAGCAAGUCGCUCCGUUCCCGCUUGAACUCAUCCGAUGGCGCCUGCGAUCUGCCCAUUACAGGAUGUCCCUCGUCGAUCAUGGAUGCCAUAGACUUUGUGAACUCACAAAAUCAAGUCGAAUCGCAGCGGCUAUCCCAGCGGGUCGAGGAGAACAGUUUCAACCCGGCGAGCAUAUCUGGGCUGCUUGCGACGCUGGACGACAUUGACCGAUUUGAUGCAGAGCGAUAUGCCAACGAUGCACACUCGUCUCUGGCUCCAGGACACAUGUCCAUGGAGUGUUUCGUUCACUUCUGCCUUGCGUGGAAGGUGGCUGCCAAGCUAUACACGACGAGGGUCAUCUUCACCAUCACCAACAUGGAAACACACCCACUGGCUCCAUCAGUCGACAAGUUAAUCAGCCAUUGCAAGGUUGUGACGCGGGAGUGUCCCGGGAUCAAGUGCUUCGUCUGGCCAGUCUUCAUUGCGGGGGUUGAGUGCGAUAGCCAGACCGAUCGUGAAUGGGUAUCCAGCGCAUUGGAUCAGUUUUGGGAGCUUUAUCUUGGCGCGAACCUGAAAGCAGUAUCCUCAAUCCUCAAGAUUCUCUGGGGGAAGAGAGAUGCAUAUAGGAGCUGUCAGGGUGAGCAUAAAUGGAACUGGGUUAGGGAGCUUCAUCUGCUCAACGUAGAUUUGGCAUUGGGCAUGUAG